UUUUAAACGAACAAAAAAGCAAAUUCAUCAUCUUUUGAAACCCUAAUAUUCUCUUCUCUAUCAAUUUUCGUCGCUUUCCAACAAUGAAGAAGAAGAAGCAAACUUCCGUCGCAAAAGGUACCACCGUAGAUGAUUCAACCGCUAUAGACGGAAGCUCUUCCUCCGUCGUUGUCGACGUUAAAUCCAUAGUAAAAGACCACGCAAAGUUCUUCGACAAACUCGUGGAGUUGAUUCCGGCAAGAUUCUACCUUCCGACGAAUGACGAUGAAAAACCAUGGAUCCAUGGAUUAUCCAAAGCAGAAAAAGCAGAAGCGAAACUUAAAUCGAUUGAAAACACGAAGAAAGCGAGACGUAAUAGGUUAGACCCUGUGAAUUCGUCUAAAACAACCCUAGAUUUGCUGAAAGAGUCAUUAGAGAAGGAGCAAUCGGAGAAAGAAGGGUUAAUUGAUGGUGAUGGUUUGGAGUUGAGGAAUUCGGAGGAGAAGAGGUCGGUGACUUACGAAGAGUUGCAACAGAGGUUACGGAAGAAGAUUGCAGAGUUGCGAGCGAAUAGAGGUGAUGGUAGUGGAGAAGGAAGGAGGAGAGAGAAGAGGGAAUGGAAGCGGAAGAGGAAUGACAACGGAGAAGAUGAUGAUGGAGAAGACGAAGAUAAAGUUACGAAAGAUAAUGAAAGAGAUAUUGAGAAAGAAGCUUCUGAAGCUGCUAAAGGAAUUGAGUUUGGGAAAGUCAAAUUGGCUGGUUCUAGUGAUGAUGUACUUAAGAAGAAGAAGAAGAGGAAAUUGUCGAAGGAGAAGGAGUUGAAGAGAGCACUUGAGCUGGAAGAGGCUAAGAAGGACCCUGAAAAGGGCGAGGCAGUUGCGAAGAAGCAUUCUUGGAAGGCAGCUACCGAGAGGGCAAUGGGGGUUAAGGUACAUGAUAAUCCCAAGCUGAUAAAGGAAAGUUUACGGAAGGAAAAGAAGAAGCAUAAGAAGAGUGUUGAGCAAUGGAAGCAGAGGGUUGAAACCACUCAGAAGAUGAAGAAGGAGAAGCAGGAUAAGAGAAAAGGAAAUAUUAAGGCAAAGAUUGACAAGAAGAAACAAGCUAAAAUUGAGAAAAGAGAAAAGAAGCUUAUGAGGCCAGGGUUCGAGGGCCGCAAAGAGGGCUUCAUUACAGGGAAUUAAGGUUUGUAAUAGAACUCUAAUAUUUGAAAUGAGUAGUUAAUAGUUAUGUUAUUCACAUUGUCAUUGUUGUGGCCGUGUGGUUUGCUUGGGGGUUGGACAGAAUUAUGCUCCUCCUCUUUUAAGUUCCUUUGCUGUUAUAGCCCAAUUAUUUCAAUGAAGUUCACUCUUUCUCGA